GAUACCCAAAAACCUGACAUCAACUCUUCUCAAAUUCUAAGCUAAACCCUACCAUCUCUCCCUAUUAUUUAUAUAUAAUCUUGUUUAUAAGUGGUACUUGCUAUUAUUGCUAAGAAGAAAAAAAAAAAAGUACUUUGUCAUCUUACCUCAAUUAUAAACCGAAUCCUAAUUAAGAAACACAAAGCGCUCACUUCUUCCUCUGUUUUAUCUUCUUUCUUUAUUUCUUUUGGGAAAUCAAAAGCAUAGAUUUACUGAUUUUUUUCCCUUUCUCUCUUUCUUUUUCGGGUUUUUAAUUUGGACCUUGGUUUUGUUUUAUUUUUCAUUUUCCAACCUUUGUAAUGUCUCUGCUUUCUGCUCUCUUCUUGCUCUAUAUUGGGGUUUUGCCAGCAUCAGCGUUGUCUGAUUGCCCUAACGAAUCAGCUUUGUCUCUUCACCAUAUUCGAUCUCAAUGUCCUGUUUCGAUCCCUCCUAAUCCUCCUCUUCAGGUGGAUGGGAAAUUCCUGGACAGAGCCUUGACUUCAAAACAGACGUAUGCUUAUACUUCUGUACUGUUUUAUGCUUCAUGGUGUCCUUUCUCACGCAGUAUGCUUCUUAAAUUUGAAAUGCUUAGUUCCAUGUUCCCUCAAAUCAAACAUUUGGCUCUUGAACAAUCUUCAGCUCUCCCAAGUAUUUUUUCAAGAUAUGGAAUCCACAGCCUGCCAUCAAUAUUAAUAGUCAACCAGACAUCAAAGUUGCAGUAUAGGGGGCCAAAGAACCUUCAAUCUCUUGUUCAGUUUUAUAAAAAAACAACAGGACUUGAACCUGUUCAACAUUUUACCAAAGAUGAUGAUGACUCUACUAGCACAGAGGGACAUGAACAAUCUAUCAUGCAGCCAUGGAACAGGCCAUCCUUGGAGGAUAUAAUAAAAAGUGAACCCUACUUGGUACUGGCUACAUUAUUUCUCUGUUUCAGGGUGCUGCUGCUGUAUGUAUAUCCAAAAGUGUUAUCACAUAUCAAGGCUUUCUAUGUCUGUUAUGUGCCACAUUUCAACUUGGAAAUAUUUGGCGAGACAAGCCAAUUGUUUGGGCGUAUCCUUCACAUGGUCGAUGUUAGGAGGAUUUGGACUAAGCUGAGAUAUUUCAAGACCAGAAAUUUCCAUGAACGUGCAAAAAACUGCCGGGUUUGGGCGUCUUCACUGGCUUCUGUUUCUUUGGGUGAAUCUUCUGCAUCAGCUAGGUCACAAUCCUGAGGCAUAUCCUGGUUUUCCUUGGGACAUUUAUCAAGGUAGGAAAGGCUUACUGUUAACUAGUGUAUUACAAAUAGUUUUAAUGUUCUGGGACCUUGUGUUCUCUCGCUCACUCGUGUUAAAAUUUUACUACUAUUAGCGUUGUUGAUGAUGAUAAUGAUAACUGAAACCAUCAAUGCUUGUUCUAGUAUUGGGAGGAAGCGAUCAGGCAUGUAAAUUUGAGAACAGCUUUCCUUCUGUAAUUUUUUUCCUUUGUAUAUUAUUGUCCUUUGGAGGAACAUUUUGACAAGUUGAAUGCAAGUUUACUGUGUGCUCUUUCUCUA